AUGUCGCUUGACCACAAUUCAUCAAAGAUCUUGGUAGAAGUAUGUGUUGAUUCGGUAGAGUCUGCAAUCAAUGCUGUGCACGGUGGAGCUGAUCGGCUCGAGCUCUGCGGAAACUUAGCGAUUGGGGGCGGGACGACGCCUUCGAUGGGCCUUUUCAAUGCAGUGCGCAAAUCAAUUCAAAGAUUCAUACCGAUCAUGGUAAUGGUUCGACCACGAACGGGCAACUUCCUUUACACGGAUGCAGAGACCGAUGUCAUGCUUGAAGACAUCAGGCUGUUCAAAAAGGCGGGCGCACAAGGAGUCGUGAUGGGUCUGUUGAAGAGCGAUGGAACUGUAGACGUGGCUCGGACCAUGAGAAAGGCUGUGAACAAAGUCGUAGAGCUGUCGGCGGCACUAGCAUAUCGUGAUCUAUCCGGAAUUCGAGGCAUUACCCGCAUCCUCACAAGUGUUUCGACAGCUCCCGAGCUCAUUAUUCCUCUCCUCAAGGCGCGAUCGAAGCACGCUGACUCGCCUACUCCCGAAAUCCUUCCUGGAUCAGGUAUCAACCCCAGAACGGUGCGUGGAGUCCUAGACGUGCUGCUUCCACACAAUCUUUCAGAGAUGCAUAUGAGCGGAGGGGAGUGGAUUGAAGGAGGAAUGGCACAUAAGCCGGCUGGGCUCGGCAUGGGAAGUGGACGAGGUGAGUGGGACAUUUGGCGGACGGAUGAAAGAGCCGUCAGAGAAGUCAGAGAGUGUGUGGAUGAUAUUUUAGGCCGAUGCUGA